AUGCUCGUGCCGUCGCUCUUGCUGCUCGCGCUGACGGCGGUCACCUGCCAAACGCACGAUGCCAAGCCCAUCUACAGAGGUGUCGCUGUCCUCAACGGUGGUCCGGUGAGGGGAAGAGUCGAGUUCAUCAAGGAGAAUCCGUACGUGCAGGUCCAGGUGCUGGGUAACGUGACCGGGCUGAGCCCGGGCCACCACGGCUUCCACGUGCAUCGGUUCGGCGACCUGAGCGCAGGCUGUCCAAGUGCCGGUCCCCACUUCAACCCUGGCAACACCGUCCACGGUGCCCCUGAGGAUGACUACAGGCACGUCGGAGACCUAGGCAACAUCGAAGCCGACGCGAACGGCAACGCCGUGUUCAACUUCUACGAUCGUCUGCUCGAGUUCGAAGGGGGCCACGGCAUCAUUGGCAGGGCCGUCGUGGUACACGAGCGUCAGGACGACCUGGGCAGGACCAAUCACCCGGAGAGCCUGUCGACGGGCAACGCCGGAGGCCGACUCACCUGCGGAGUCAUCGGGUUCGCCAAACCCUGAUGCCAACCGCCGUGCGACAGGGAAAGCCCCGUUCA